AGGAAAAACACAAUUUUCGGUCAUGGUCGAAUUUUUGAUCCAUCCAUGACUUUCGCACCUGAGUUUUUAUUUAUUUCUGAAGAAUAAAUGUGCUGAUAAACAUUCACCAAAAUUUCGCCUUAUUUUGAGUUUCGAAGUUAUUGAUUUACAGUGGAAAAGUUGAAUUUAUAUGAUGAAACUAUUGAUUCUUUGUAUAAGCCUUAGAUUUAAAUGAUUCAUCUUACAGUCAUGGUGAAUUAUUGACAAGAGGUUGAUAAGUGGAGCAGAUUUCUUAAAUAACUUUGUGAUCUCAUCUGCUUGGUUAACAAUGCAAUAAAACGAAAACACGUGCUUUGACUGCAGAAUGUUUGUAACUGAUUCAACCAACAAGCAUUUAGGAUAAGAAAAAAUACAACAUUUGAAUCAAGCCAACUCUGAUGUUUCAUUUACUGGCCCUGAAGAGGCUCUUCUAUUAAAAUAUUUGCCUUCCUAUUUUUAAAGUCUGUUUAAAGAUUUCCAUUCCUGUCAGCAUAUCACAUAAUGAAGCCUGGCCAUGAAAAGGCUGGGUGUUCCUUGCAUGCAUCCAUAUCAGAUUCAUUUAUUGAUCUUCAUGAUUUUGACUGCAGUAGUGUGUUUAUUGACAAUGGUUAAUCUAGUGUCUAUGCCAACUCUGUAUAUCAGUUGGCCUGAAAAACUGCAUAAUUACUUUGGAACUCAAUCUCAUACUUCGCUUGGAGCCAUUCAAUUUCUAGAAACUAUUUCAGAAUCUGAAAAGCAUGGAUUAAAUGAAACAAAAGUCAUUUUAUUAUGGUGUCCCGUGUUCGGCGGAGGUACCUUUUUGAAAGAAGGAAAGAACUCUUUCGCAAAUUCUGGUUGUCCAGAAAACAGAUGUGAAAUUACUUCAGACAGAAGCCGUCUUUUAGAAAGUCACGCUGUUCUGUUUCAUAUCAGAACAUUAUCGCUGUUAGAUGUCCCACAUAAUCGCACAAUAACUCAGAAAUGGAUAUUCUUUACACUAGAAUCUCCCCCUUAUUCAGAAUUUUCAGGAUUCUCUUUUAUGUUUGGAAUGUUCAACUGGACGAUGUCUUACAGGAAUGAUUCUGAUAUUGUCAUUCGUUAUGGAAGCAUCAAGCCUAACGCUAAAAAUGCGUUCAAUUUAUCUCAUCUUUACCUAAAUUGGAGAGAGAAGACGAAAAUAGCGGUGUGGAUGGUAAGCCAUUGUUCUACUGUUGGAAAUCGGGAAAAAUAUGUUGAGCAACUUCAAAACUACAUCGAUAUCGAUACAUACGGUUUUUGUGGAAAGGCUGUAUGUGAUUUCAAUAAAACAAAUAUCUGCCUAGAAAAUUUCUCAAAAAAGUAUUUCUUUUAUUUAGCUUUUGAGAAUACUAUUUGCGAGGAUUAUAUCACAGAAAAAUUCUACCGAGUGCUUCAUUAUGAUAUGAUUCCAGUAGUUUUUGGCGGUGGCAAUUAUUUAGCAGUAGCUCCAGCAGGUUCUUACAUCAAUGCCCUCGACUUUGAUUCACCCAAGAAACUUUCUAGUCAUUUGUAUCGGGUAGCUUCAAACUUCACGCUUUUCUCUAAUUACUUCAAAUGGAAAGUUAGAGGAUAUGAUAUUCGAGACUACGCAAUGGACUGUGACUUGUGCGAAAAACUGCACUCUCAUUCUUUUCUGGAAAAUUCUGUAUAUUACGAUAUAAACAAAUGGUGGAUAAAAGAUGCAAAUUGCAGAAGCUGGAAGGAAGUCAAGUAAAUGAAAAGCAGAGUUAAUAGAAUGCUUAUUCAUAAAACUGUUCGUGUUUUGUCAUGAAAUUAAUUUAACUUUGGAAUUUUCUUGCCAGUAGUUAUAGUCUUUGUAAUUACAUAAUAAUUCUUUUCGAAAUCAACCUGACUGUAUAUAUGUAUCUAACGGAGAUUAAAAGGAAGUAAUACAUUGUU